GGAGGCAGUGUGUGCGCCCCAGGGAGUUCCGGGCAGGUCUGGGGCGAAACAGCGGCCCUGGUACGGCAGUUUCCUCACCCGCCGCUCGCCUCCGGCCCGGUUUGGAUGAGUCGGUCAGGGCGGGUCUGUUCACCCCGCGCCGUUUCCCGCACCCCCAGCCCUGAUGUUCUCCCCGAUGCCUCUUCUAGGGACCCUCUGCCUCCGGUAGGAGUCCCUCUGAGCGUCCCGGGCUCCCUUCCCUGGCGGAAGUGCUGUGCCGGUUCCAAUUCCGACGCUGCCGGUCGGCGGAUUACUUGCUGGUCAUCAGGAGGAAAACAAGGACAGUGGGAAAAUGUGGCCUCUCCCAUCUUAGCCUAGAUGAAUCUUACUGCCACGAAACAUGGGCCGUGACAUUGUUGUGUCUCCAGCAUCAUCUGUGAGUAUUGUUCCCCCAAAUCUUUAACUCCAACAUACUAAAGAGGAACUACAGGAUUGAAGGGGGGGAAAAAUGACACCAAGAGGAAAAAUCUAAAGCAAACGAUCGGACAUACUGCAGAGCAAAGAGCUUAGUCUCUUACAUUAAGCCGGUGUCAUUUAAUGAAAUUAAGUCCUUCGCUGCUGGUCCGGAGCCAUGGUGCCCUCGCUGUGGAAGGGGCUGGUGGGCGUCGGCCUCUUCGCUCUAGCCCACGCAGCCUUCUCCGCUGCGCAGCAUCGUUCUUACAUGCGGUUGACAGAAAAGGAAGACGAUUCCCUGCCGAUAGAUAUAGUUCUUCAGAUACUUCUGGCUUUUGCAGUUACCUGUUAUGGCAUAGUUCAUAUUGCAGGGGAGUUUAAAGACAUGGAUGCUACUUCAGAACUAAAAAAUAAGACAUUCGACACUUUAAGGAAUCACCCAUCGUUUUACGUCUUCAAUCAUCGUGGUAGAGUCCUGUUCCAGCCUUCGGAUACAGCAAAUUCUUCGAACCAAGAUGCGUCGUCUUUUAACACAUCCUUGAAGUUACGAAAACUUGAAUCACUGCAUCGUUGAGAUUUUUACAAAUCAUAACAACAGGACAGGACAAAGAGCUGGAAUAUUGGUGUUUGGGGAAUAUAAAACACCUCCCCCCACCGAUACGUAUCUGAUCUUUCAGACCUAAUUUUUUUAAAAGUUUAUGCCCCUGUUUUUAUACUGUUAAAUCAUUGAUGCAGUAUAAAAUAUCUGUGAAAUGAGUCUUUGAUCUUUCAUAGAGUUCUUUCUUUUUUUCAUUUAAAACAAAUUGGCAUCUUUUGUAAAAGUCACUGUUUUGAACACAUUCCUUCUAGAGAAAAGUUGAUGUUUUUGUAAUUGUUUUCUCAGAUUUCUUUUCCUUUGCACUACAGUUUUUAGGACCCUUUUGGAAACAGCGUGACUGCUGCAUUUUGCUGCAUGAACGGUAAUAAAACGGUCUUCAGUUCUUAACAGGUGGACUUCUCUGCAGAGAUUUUAGAAAGGUGACAUCAGUUUUUCGUAGGCCCUCUAAAAAGGGUCUCUGCUUCAGGAGUUACUUGCCAGAUUUUAAUUUAUCCCUCACUUCUCACCCCACCCGACUCCCAUAUACCUUCUAACAUCAGCUAUCUCGUGGCAUCACUUCUCUGGAGUUCUGUGUGUAGUGAGCAAUUUUUGUAUCAGAAAUUCUUUGUCAUAACAAAUAUAGUUAACAGAUUCAACUUGCUGUAAAGCUACUUGUAUUCUCUUUGUUUAUCUGUAAAAAAUUUCCCUAAUUGGUUAUGUGGUGUAAGAAUGUUGAAGAUACACCAAAAGACCCUUUGGGAUUUAAUUAUUCUGCUUAUGUAGAAGAAGAAUCACUGAGGAAAACUGAUUGUCAUUAGCCAGUUUAAUUUAUUCAAAUUCUGUUAUUUUAUUGCAUACUAUACUAGUGAAUUAGUAAAAAUAAACUCAUUAAAGGAAUUGGGCCAAAAAUGUUCUAAAUACUUGGAACUACUAUCUUUAAUUGUUUGUUCAUUAAUAUCAUUUAAGAAAUUGUUUUGUGGCUUCUGACUUGUAGCAGGCUUACGGUUUUCCCUCUUCAUUGUAUGUUGCUGAAGAUGAUACAGAGUAGUACUUUUUUAGGAACAGUAAUUUUAGUUUUCGGGAAAUUUGGCUAGCCCUUUGAUCUGCAGAAAGCUUAACAUUCCUUGUUAGAGAACAUUUUAUUGAAUUCUCAGGUAUGAAAACAUUGCUUAUGUGGAAUUGUGUAGAUGUAGAGGGAACAACUGCAGAUUUGAAAAGGAAAUGAGCUUUAGGCAAGAGUCUCCUGAUGCCCUUAGGCUUGAUGGCUUCUUUCCACUGGAAAUUAACCUCCGCUUCUGUUCUGCCUGGAAACGCACAGCCCCAAAGCAGGAGAUUAUUUUGGCAUUGGGCUUUUAUUUUGUUUAGUUUUGUUUUGCCAACCUAGUCUACCUGUGGAAUGCUAGCUCUGCCCUCUAAGGAGGACAAAGUUGGACAUCUUCUGAUAACCUAGAGUAAUUUAGAAGUGAGUUAAAGAUGUGAAGUCGGGGGUUAAAAGUGGUGAUGACAAAAUCAAAACCGUGUGAGAAACAACUCCUUACAUAGGUUGUAUACCGUCUCCUCGGGGAUGACUAGGUUCCCAAGGGCCUCUUGUUUUCUUCUCUUGGGGCUGUCUUCCUUUCCUACUAUGCUUUCAGAACAACUUUAUGAAGCUGGAACUCACAUUCCUUAUAACUCACCCACUUAAAAGGUACAGUUCAGUGGUUUUGUAAUAUAGUCACUAGCUAUGCAGCUAUGACCACAGUCAAUUUGAGAACACCCAAAAGAAACUAACCCUUUAGCAGUCAUCUCUCAUUUCCCCCGAUGCUUCCCAGCCCCAAGCAACCACUAACCUACUUUCUCCCUCUCUGAUUUGCCUAUUCUGGACCUUUAAAUGGAUUCAUUCAAUAUCUGGUCUUUCAUAACUGGCUUCUUAAAAUAAUUUUGUUCUAUGGAGCGUGAGAACGUCUCAUCUUGAGAACUGUGACUGCUGUGAAAGGAAGUGGUUGGUGAAAUCAGUAGACGUAAGACGGAGGGUCAAAUUUUAUUUAUAAUGCUGUGAGACAGUCCAUGACUACCUAGGGUAGUCCCAAAAAUGUGAUGCAAGCUAGCUCAGUCUGCAGUUGACUAUUGAAGGCGCUCUAGAAUAUGGGAAGACUCACUUCUUAAUAACCAGGGAACCAGCUACAUGCGAUGGGCUAAUAGCCCAGCUGCACAAGUGCAGAUCGGUGAGUCAGGCCAUAGUGCCCUGUAACUCUGUUUUUCACACGUCCUCCAUCCAAAAAUGGCUUCUGUGGUCCAAGCUGGGAAAGACUAUGUUGUUCACUUCCUCUUGGAGAGUCCCAGGGUCCAUGACCACAGGAAGGAAUCUGAGAAUACCUGUCAUGAAGAAACCUGCUGAGCUCGGUUCAGUCCUGACUUUCCCAAGCCUUUGGUGUUGGGACAUGUUACCGAGCAUGUGGGAAAAGCCUUGGUUUUUGAAGGAUGAUUGUUCAGUUCUUGAAGAACCAUAUUAACUAAACUCUUAAAUUAUACAGAAAAUUGAAGACAAGCAAUGGUGUUAGCUAGAUGUUAUUUAUUGGUUUAAUAUGAUUUCAGAGCCAUUUGUUUAUGACUUAAAUGAAGUUGUUUUAAUCCACCUGUUUAUGACAAAGACAACACAAAAGUUGUCUUCAGCAGUGACGCUGUUUUAAUACAAGAAUGGAGCAGGCUGUGACCGGAAGUCAUCAUCUCCUCUGUUGAUAUGCUGUCAGCAGCUCAUCUGCUAGGGACCCCGCUGGGGCUUAUCAAUAACAUGUGGAGAAGCAACUAUAGCUAUAUUGGGUUUAUCUAUAGUCUUUGUUUUAUAUAGAGUAUUUAGAUGGUAAAUACUGACAAUAUGCGAGGACUAUUGAAGAGUCAGUCUGGGCAAGGCGCACUUUGCUGAGCUAACUCUCUGGAGACCUUGGGGCGUUAGCACCUGUCUUGGUGAGGUGUUGCCUCGCAGACAGUGGUGAUAAACCUUGCAGCACCCCUUUGAGGAAUCAUCCUGCCCACUAACACGUUCCUUAGCAACGUGCUCUGGCAGCAAUGGACUUCUCAUUUUGUGCUGGCAGCUGGAAGUCAGCUCCAGGUUGGUUAAGGGUGGCCCGCCCCAGUGCCUACUUGUAGAACAGGUCCACUUCAGCUAAAUUUGGGCAUUAUUUCUUUCACCUCCCCUUGCCUGAAUAAUAGUAUAAUUAAUCUAGCAUUGCUUUGGCAUAUGUUAUUUAUUAUCUUUUUAAGAGACAUUAUCCUGGAUGCUAUUUGCUUGUGACAUUCCUCAAUGAACCGGUGUUAAAUAAAUGGCUGGCAAAGACAAAA